AGCAGAAAAAAAGUAGAGUAUGCACGCAAAGAAAUGACGUCAUCGGUCUGAGAACAGAAGGGAAAAGAACGGCGUCGUUUCAUCUGAGUGCCCCAAACGCAGUUGAGAAAUCAAUUUCGUGCGAAACCAGAGAGAAGAAAGAAGGAAAACAUAGAGAGCGCGAUUCGCAGCAAUGGAGGAGCUAUUCGUAGCGAUACUGUCGAUGCUUCUCGUGGCGUCGUUGAUCCCACUCUAUCUAUGGAAACGCCGUCACGAUUCUCAAUCUCCCUCUCACCGCGACGAACCUCCCCAGGCUCCGCGGAGAGAAACCGUGGCGCGCGCAACCGCCACUCGCCGCAUGCGUCGCCGACCUGCUGCAUCUGGAGCUAGCACUUCGUCGGAUCCUCCAGCGGCACAAGAAGAAUCUGCUGGUGAGAGUGAUGAUGAUGCUGCUGAGGCUAAACCAUCAAAGAAAAAGGAAAUUAAAAAGCAAGAGAGGGAAGCACGGCGUCAGUUGUAUUUUGGUCUAUUUUUUUGGAAGGCUGAGGAAGCUUCACGAGAGUCAAGGCAGGCUAAACAAGAUCGUUAUUCAGAAAUACGGAGGUUGAAGGAUGAGGAGCGUGAGGCACGGGAGCGUAUGCUGGAAGAGGAAGCCAGAGCUCAGAAAGCCAAGGAAGAGGAGGCUGCUGCAUUAGAGUUUGAGAAGUGGAAAGGUGAAUUUUCAGUUGAUGAUGAAGGUACCCUUGAGGAAGUGCAGGAUAGUACUGAAGACUUGCUAGCCAACUUUGUUGACUAUAUAAAGAAGCACAAAUGUGUUCCAUUAGAAGAUCUUGCUGCAGAAUUUAAAUUGCGUACACAGGAAUGUAUCAAUCGCAUCACAUCUCUGGAAAGCUUGGGUCGGCUUUCGGGUGUUAUGGAUGAUAGAGGGAAAUUUAUUUACAUUUCCCAAGAAGAGAUGAAAUCUGUUGCUGAUUAUAUUAAGCGGCAAGGGAGGGUUAGCAUUUCCCACUUAGCAAGUAAAUCAAACCAGUUCAUAGAUUUAGAGCCCAAAGUCCAGUACUCUGAGGAAAUAAAUAUUGUGGAGGAGAUAACUGUCAACUGAUAUUGUUUUUUGACUUGUGGGUGGGAGGAAAAUCGUGUUGUACAUAAAAAAGAAAGAAGCUAUGAUCUGCUUUGCGCUAGGUUUGGUACACGACUUUGGGUUUGAACAGUUUUAGUGUAACAGCAAUUUCAUAUUUUUCCAGCCGAAAGUACACCGUAUAGAAAGAGAACGUAUUUCAAGAGGCAGAUCUACGUGUCUGAAGAUGAUUUUUUUUUUGUUAAACUGUCUGAAGAUGAAAUUACUCCCCAACACUAUUUGUGGGAAUUGAAAUACAUUUUGUUGGUGGCCUCUGUAACAAUUUUAGCAACACAUGCAGAUCCAAGACAUCAGGAUAUGCACCUACAGUACAAUUUCUGGCGAAAUUUGUAACUUAAGACGUAUGGAAGUAAGAAAAUGUUAAACAAGAGGUAAAUUCAAACCGUCUUUCUUUUAA